ACUUCGAAAUUCAACGAGAGUCGGCUUGGCUGUCAGCUGCGUUACUUGCCCCGAUGCGAAAUGGCGGCAUGGGUCUUAUGGCUCACGACAUGGUUUCUUGACCACUGCAUGGACAUCAAACAUCGCGCAUGUGACGAACGCCCCCAUGUGGACAAGCCUCCAGUGUCUCUCUCCUCGAUACUACGGUGUCUGCCCGCUUUUCCGCCCGGACCGUCCCAGAUGAACAUCUGCUCAUGCUGUUAUGCCUAUAUAUCUCUGGGGCUCGUCUAGCGGUACGCGACGGCGCUGUUCACCGAGCUGGUGUGCAUUCUCAUGUUCUGGCCGACGCUCACGCUCCUGGGGAUCUCCUCCCUACCGCUCGCCCUGGGCACGACAUACUCUACAUGGGCUGCUAACUCCGCUAUCACUCGUGGACAGGGGAACGGACUUAACGCUAGCGGCGACCCUGUCGUGACAUACGAACAUGGCGUGCUACAGUGGGCGCUCAGACUUCUGUACGAGAAGACCGGUAACCGGAGCUACUACGACUACAUCACUGAGGCUGCCAACAACAUUCUCAAUGAAAACGGGACGGUUGUCUCAGUCUACCACCCGAGCGAGUACCAGCUGGACUACAUACCUCCGGGGUGGUCAUUCCUGUAUCUUUAUAACACGACCAGUGACGAGCGGUACAAAGUAGGGGCCGAUGAGUUCCGCACCCAAUUUGAGACCCAGCCUCGCACACCGGAGGGGCAGUUCUGGCACAAAGGAGCGUACCCAGAACAAGGCUGGCUUGAUGGUAUCUAUAUGGGUGAUGUUUUCUAUGCCAGGUAUACUGCCGCGUUCCAGCCGACGAACCGGUCAGCUUGGGACGAUAUCGCCAACCAGUUUAUCGAGCAAUACAGCCAUGGCAUACAACUCGCGUCAAGCAUCAACGCGACAAACAACGAGACCUACCUCGGGCUGCUCUACCACGGCUACGACGACUCGCACGCAGAAGACUGGGCCUCCCCCGACCGCGGGCACUCCCCGGAGGUCUGGGACCGCGCUGUCGGGUGGUACGUCAUGGCGAUCGUGGACAUCCUCGAGGGCUCCCCGACAACGGAUGAGACGUUCUUCAUGCGCGAGACCAUCCGCUCCCAGCUGCAGAUCCUCUCGCGGGCGCUUGUCAAGGCGGCGGACAGCGAGAGCGGCGUGUGGUGGCUCGUGCUGACGCAGCCCGGCCGGGCGGGGAACUACUUCGAGAGCUCCGGCGCGGCCAUGUACAUCUACGCGCUCUUGAAGGGCGUGCGCCUCGGCUACCUCGAGGAUACGGAUGGCUCCUUCGUCGCGACCGCAAAGAGAGCCUACGAGUACGCGACGGCCAAUUGGGUGAUACCUCAGUCGGACGGAACGAUGGACUGGAACAACACAGUCAUCGUCGGGAGUCUGGAGCCCGGGAAUGACUACGAGUACUAUAUCAACGAGCCCAUCAACAUAAAUGACCUGAAAGGACUUGCGCCCUUCAUCCUCGCUAGCUUGGAGUACGAGGCGCUUGUAGGCGCUUAGCCUCGGCGGAGGUUUGUCUUGUUGCGCCAUGUCGUAUGCACAGAACCGAUCCUACCCGGCGUCGUGACUGACAGCAGUCUAUCCGAAUGCUAUCUUGACUCUGCGAGUACGCGCGCGGCGUUUAAUUUGACUGAGAU